AUCCAGUGCAGGCAUUAACCUGCGAGCCCGUCCUUUUAAUGAGACGCUCACUGACGCCCUUUCUUCUCUCUCUUUCCGCUCAAGUCUCAUCUCCUUUUCCACUUGAUCACUUAUCACCACUCACUACUUCCCUUUUCUUUUUCUUUCUUUGUAGAUUUUAUGUUGCUCUUCUUCUUCUUCUCCUUCUUCGUUCACUUUUGACGAGUCUAACCAAGAAGUACAAAAUUAGGGUUCUUAUUUUCCGCCAACGUAAAUAUUAAAAUAAUAUUAUUCUGAUUAAGAAAAAAAAGAAAGAAAAUAGGGGAAAAUAUUGUGGGAGAGAGUGGUUGUUGACAACAUGGUUGUCGAUGAUAUGGUGAAGAGCAUCAUCGUCGGCUACGGAGGUUACUCUUCUUCUUCUCGAUUCUCCGAUGCUUAUCCCAAAAGUGCUUUUCACCUGAUUUUGGAGGAUUUAUGGAGAUGCGUGCAAUAUUAGGGUUAGAUAAUUUAAUUCUCCUAUAGCGUUUUCCUAAAAUCUCUUCCUCUCUCGCUGAGAUUGAAGAGAUACAUAAGUAUAGAAGAUAUAUUUGUGUUCGCUCUGUUUAUUUUAUUAGAUAUAUGUUCAAAUUAUUUAUUUAUUCUUAAGGAAGAAGGAAAAGAAAAGGAAAAAAAUUACAGAAUUUUUUAUUUGUUUUGUUGGAUAGGUUGGAUUUGUUGAUUUUUUUUUUUUCCAUUUUCUGUCAAUUCAAUUUUUAUAAAUCUAGGGUUUUGAUGGAGGGGAGAUAUAGUGGGGAUUGAUAUGAUGAAGGUGUUUAUGAGGUUGUUUUGUUGAAUUUGUUUUUGGGAAUGGCAAAAAUGAACACAACACCAGCAAUAGAACUCAUCAGGGAAAUGAUGAGGUAGCAUGGGCGAUUCUUCUUGUCUCGUUUCUUUGUCAAUGGAGAAUCACCACCCCUCAACGCUCUUGUCAAUGGACUCAAGUGCAUCUUCUCACGAGGAACUCGAUUUGGAGAUGAAUCGCCAAAUCAUACUCUCACGCCCGCCGGAUAUCAACCUGCCCCUCUCCGCCGAGCGCAGCCCACCCCCACCCUCUUGGAACUCUGAUCCCUGCGAUAUCUUGGAUGUCAGUCUUGGCACGCAAGGGUACGAGACCGAGAGCUUUCUUAAUGUGCCCAAAGCUGCAGCAGCCGGAAGGAAGUGUGCUAAGCGAGUCGACAGCAUAUGGGGUGCUUGGUUCUUCUUCAGUUUUUACUUUAAGCCCUCUUUGAAUGAUAAGUCUAAGGCCAAGAUUGUCAGGGAUAGCAAUGGUGUUUCAGGGUUUGACAAGUCUGAUCUCAAGCUUGAUGUCUUCAUGGUUCAGCAUGACAUGGAGAAUAUGUACAUGUGGGUGUUCAAGGAGAGGCCCGAGAAUGCACUAGGUAAAAUGCAGCUGAGGAGUUUCAUGAAUGGGCAUUCUCGCCAAGGGGAGCGCCCAUUCCCGUUCAGUGUUGACAAGGGUUUCGUGCGGUCUCACAGGAUGCAGAGGAAGCAUUAUAGAGGGCUUUCUAACCCUCAGUGUGUUCAUGGCAUUGAGCUUGUUCCAUCCCCCAAUCUGAUGGUCCUUGAUGAGGAGGAUCAGAAGAGGUGGAUGGAACUCACUGGACGAGAUUUGAACUUCACAAUCCCACCUGAAGCAAGCGAUUUCAGUUCAUGGAGGAAUCUUCCCAACACAGACUUUGAGCUUGAGAGGCCGCCUGCCCCAAUCAAGGGUGCUCCGAAUUCACACCCUAAGAAACUGCUCAAUGGAUCUGGACUGAAUUUGUCAACUCAUUUGUCUAACCACAGUAAUGGAGAUGGAUUGGACCUAUCUCCGGUCAGCAGCAAAAAGAGGAAGGACUUCUUCCCACAUGCAAAUGAUGAAGAAUGCUACUUGGCUGUUAAUCCUCCAGCUGAACGGAUUCCAGAUAUAGAGAUGCACCCCCCAAACGAGCCAAACUGGUUGAAUGACUUUACUGGGGUGAUAAAGAGUGUCUAUGGACCUGUUACUGCUGCGAAAACGAUCUAUGAAGAUGAUCAAGGCUAUUUAAUUAUCAUAAGCUUGCCCUUUGUAGAUCUUCCAAGUGUGAAAGUUUCUUGGAGGAACACUCUGACUCAUGGCAUCAUAAAGGUUUCUUGUUUGAGCACAUCGCGAAAACCGUUCAUUAAGAGGCAUGACAGGACAUUCAAGCUCACAGAUCCAUCAUCGGAGCACUGUCCUCCCGGUGAGUUCGUCCGUGAGAUCCCUCUUUCGACGAGAAUCCCUGAAGAUGCCAACAUUGAAGCAUACUAUGAUGGGCCAGGUUCAGCACUUGAGAUCAUGGUGCCAAAGCAUCGGGUAGGACCUGAAGAGCAUGAAGUCCGGGUAUGCCUACGCCCUCAUCUGGGAGGGAAUGAUCUUAUGUUAACUUGAAGAUUAGGCACUUCUAUUUAAAAGAGAAGAAAAAAAAAAAGAAAAUACUAUUAUUGUUAUUAUUAGGAAUGCUAGUAUGGUGCGUUUAUGAUUGUUUUUUCUAACUUUGUACCAUACAGUGUUUUAUCUGUAAUAGAAAAUGUGCGUCUUACAUUUUACAUAUAGCACUAGCAAUUUUUAGCUCACUGAAUGCCCUGGUUCUUUUUGUGUUCCGGUGCAUUUCUAAGCUUUUGAUUGUAAGCGAUUAUUAAUCCGAACAGAGCCGGUUCUGAUCAUUUAUAAGAAAUUAUCAAUUA